UGUGCUCCGGGCACCGGCCUGUCCCUCACCGUGUCCCGGUCCCGGCUGGGUGAUGUGCAGCGGAGCCCUCCAGCGCAGACUUGCGCUGGCCUCCUGAUCCAGCAUGUGGGCUCUGCGUGGCUCGGGUAGCUCACUCCAUCAGCACGCAGCCAGGUGUUAUAGCUGAGCUUCCUGGGGAAAGCUGUCCUUCCUGGGCACUGCUGUCCGUAUUCCUGCCGUGCCCACAGUCUGUUUGACAGUCCAGAAAUCACUGUGUUUUGCCCUGUUAUCUUGUAACUAUAUAUAUGUGGCUUUCUAAGGAGAAAUUGAGCCAUAUUUCAUACUUGCUGUGUUAGGGUUGUACAGCACUGUCCUUGGGUACAGCCAGUAUAAAAGCACAUUUUAAUGGCUGCAUUGCCAUAUCACCAGCACUGUGACACACAGGAACAUGGCUCUCUAGCCAUAGCAUGCCUCAGCCACCUCCCCAGCUUCUGCUUCCACUCUGUCUCUGCAGACACAUCUGCUGCCAUGGUGAAUGAGAAGCACAAUGGCACCCUGCUUGUGCAGCUGGGGCCCAAACUGCAGGCCCACCCAGAGAAGCUGCUCCAGCAGCGGCGAGGCCACGACGACCGGCCAGAAUACCUGGUCCGCUGGAGCGUUGUUAGCUUGGAAGAGAGAGCAGCGGGCGGCAGCAGUGCCUCCUCUGGAGAGACCAAGGCAGAGAACAUCUCCAUGUGGAUGUCUGCAGAAGAGGUCUGUGCCAGCUGCCCGGCGCUGCUGGGCCAGAGGAGGCCGGAAGGGCCGCGGCUGAAAGAGGAGAAGGCGCCCGGUCCGUUGGCCACAGACGCCUCGCUGGACGAAGCCUCGCUGCUGGAGAUGAAGGCCGAUGUCAGGAGCCUGGUGCAGCGAGCCGGGCGCCAGGUGGCCGAGGCCGGGACACCCCAGUGCUCCAUCCUGAGCACGGUGCACGUGCUGGGCGCCUACGCCAGCAUCAGCUCCCUGGCGGGCGCCUUCAGGGAGGCGGGAGCCCUGGACCUGCUGACGACAAUGCUGUGCCACAGGGAGAAGCAGAUCCGCCGCAGCGCCGGCGAGAUGCUGCGCGCUCUGGGUGCACAUGAUGCAGGAAUCUGGGCCUAUGUGCUGCUGUCCCUGAGCCAGCAGGAUGGCAUUGAGCAGCACAUGGACUUUGACAGUCGCUGCACCUUGCUGGAGCUGUUUGCUGAGAUCAUGUCCUCUGCAGAGCACUGCAUGUCCUUCGAGGGGAUUCACCUCCCGCAGAUCCCUGGGAAGCAGCUGUUUGUGCUGGUGAAGCACUACCUGUGUGUGACUUCUCUCCUGGACAAGCUGAGCAGUGGUGUGGAGCAGGGAGAGGAGCAGCAGGGCUGUGUUGUGCCCAGCCCUAUCCCUGAGGAGAGGAGCUGUGUGAAGCAGGAGUUUGAGUUCAGCAUGGCCAUGGCAAACCUCAUCUCGGAGCUGGUGCACGUGAUGGGCUGGAGCCACAGGCACAAGGCAGAGCCGCUCCCGCAACGGGACCUGCAGCCUCGCCCUGCCCGCUCCAUCUUCCAGCACAAGACCCCGGCCAGCACUGCUGCCAAAGCAGCCUCCACGUCCCCAGCAAAGGAGCCUGUGACCUUCAAGACGCGCUCGGCCUUCCCCAGCCGCAGCAGCUACGUGGAGUACGUGCAGGCCACGCUGGUGAGCGGCAUGAGGGUGCGCAUGCUCGAGGACUACGAGCAGGUCAGCGCCGGCGACGAGGGCGACUUCCGCCGCAGCAAUGACGGCAUGCCCCCGGUGCAGGUGUACUGGCAAGCUCUGGGCUGUACGUACUGGGUUCACUGGCACAUGGUCGAGAUCAUUGGCCCUUCAGAACAAAAGGAGCUUGAGGGCCAGGAGAAGGUGAACACCCUGACACGAAACCACAGACUGAGAGCAGUUCCACAGCCAUUCCUGUGCAAGCCCUUGGGGGGGCUUUACUCCCUGCCUUACCUGGGGCAGCGGCUGCCCAAGGCUGCAGACACACUGAGCCGUGCCGAAUGGUGGGAGCUGCUCUUCUUUGUGAGGAAGCUGGAAGCACAGGAGCAGAAAGAGAUCACCUGUCUGAUCCAGCAGCACCAGGGAGAGCAGGUGGAUGAAGAAGCCCUGAUGCGUCUGUCGGUACCUGCGGAGCUGGCCCAGAAGGUGCUGCAGGUCCUGGAGAAGCGGUGCCAGGGCAGCUCUCUGCGUGACCUGCGCGGCUCCCAUGUCUACGCCAGACACUUCCUCGGGAGAGGGGCAGAGCAGGAUGGUGGAGGGAGAACCACAGCGUCCUCAGAGGGUGACAGGAGCACCGGUUCUGAAGGCAUGAUGGCCAAGGCAGCGGAGGGAGACCUUUCUGCAGCCCCAGGGCCGCCCCAAGGCCGCAGUGAAGUGGCAGUGAAGUCAGAUUCCCAGCUGUUCGGCGAGCUCUUGGAGAGGGAAGGGGUGUUCUUGCCAGAGGUGACGGAGGAGCAGAGCCAAGCACUGGGCAGCUCCAAGGGGCUGAGUGAGAGCGGCUCGCUGGCCAAGGUUGCAGCUGUGGUGGACGUGAUCCAGAGCAGCAGCUCAGCGGUGGGGCUGCGCUUAGCUGGGCUCAAGCACAUCCUGAAGAUGCUGGAGGAGGAGCCCAAGCUGGAGCAGCAAGUCGGCACAGCCCAGGGUGGGCUGGGCACCGGGAGUGCUGGGGAGAAGCUGGUGCAGGUGUCAGUGGAGCUGCUGAGCACGGAGGUGGCAGAGAAGGCGCUGGUGGCGGUGACGCUGCGGCUGCUGGCCGUGCUGCUGGCCCGGUACGAGUGGCGCGUGCCCUUUGCCACGGAGGGCGGCGUGCGGGCCGUGCUGGCCUGCAUGCAGCAGCACGGCUGCUCCGCCCUGGUGCAGCAGGCCGGGCUGGCGGCCCUGAAGGUGCUGGUGGGAGCUGCGGACGCUGAGCCGGGAGGUGCUGGAGGGAAGUGCUUGCCCUGGAACCACGGCGAUGCACAGAUGAUGCGGGAGAUCUUUGCCAGCAUUGGCUCUGCCUCCAGCAAGGGCUCUGCCAGCCUGCUGAGUAGCAUCCCUGCUGCCCUGAGCACCAUGCAGAGGGUCCCAGGGGGCUCCUCAGGGGUGCAGAACGGCCUGCUGGUGGUGAACAUGCUGAUGGAUGGGCACCGGGGCCUGGCGGAGCAGCUGGCGAGCUGCGAUCUCCUGGCGGUGCUGCAGAGCUGCUGGAGGGCCGGGCAGAGCAGCGGCUGCCCCCAGGCAGUGCUGGCCCUCAGCGCCAUCAAUCGCCUGGCAGAGCACGGGCUGCCCCUGGGCCCGGAGGCAGCAGGCAGAGACGUCCUGUUGGACCCGAAGGGCGUGCAGAUGCUGCUGGGUGGCCUGGACGAUGGCGUCUUGUCCAAGGAGGUGGUGGUGGCCCUGGAACGGCAGCUCUGCAGCGAAGGCCCUGUUCCCUCUGGCCAGGUGGCCCAGCUGCUGCAGGACCGCAGCUGCUUCAGGCUGUUGCUGCGCAGCUUGGAGCUGCUGGGGACAGAGAAGGCUGUGAGCCUGAGCAGCCUCAGGAUCCUGAACAAGUUCCUGGACAGUUACCAGGAGGAUGUGCUGCCCUGGCAUGAGUGUGUGGAGCCCUGUGUGUCCUUCCUGAUCACGCACAGCAGCAGCUGGGAGGUGCUGCAGGAGGUCGUUGGCUUCCUGUACCGCCUGGGCAGUGCCAGCAAGGACUGUGUGGUGGUGAUGUGCCACGUGGGCACCCACGAGGCUCUGUCCAAAGCCCUGGAAAAGCACAGCACGGUCCCGUCGUUGGCGCCGGCCCUGCUCGACCUGGUGACGGAGUGUGAGAAGUAUGCCAGCCUCUACAAGAAGCUGACGAGCAGCAUCUUGUCUGGCUGCAUCCAGCUGGUCCUGGGACAGAUUGAGGAGCACCGCCGGAGCCACCAGCCCAUCAGCAUCCCCUUCUUUGAUGUCUUCCUGCACAACCUGUGCCAAGGCUCCAGCAUGGAGGUGAAGGAGCACAAGUGUUGGGAGAAGGUGCAGGUCUCUUCCAACUCGCACCAGGCCAGCAAGCUCAUGGACAGGAACCCCAGGACCUAUUGGGAGUCGAACGGCAGCACCGGCUCCCACUUCAUCACUGUGCACAUGCAGUGUGGAGUGGUGAUCAGGGAGCUGAGCAUGCUGGUGGCCAGCGAGGACUCCAGCUAUAUGCCAUCGAGGGUCGUGGUGCUGGGCGGGGACAGCCCUGCCACGAUCAGGACGGAGCUCAAUGCGGUGACCAUCCUGCCCUCGGACAGCAGAGUGAUCUUGCUGGAGAACAUGACUCGCUUCUGGCCCGUCAUCCAGAUCCGGGUGAAGCGGUGCCAGCAGGGUGGCAUCGACACACGUGUGCGUGGCAUCGAGGUGCUGGGUCCCAAGCCCACCUUCUGGCCCAUCUUCAAGGAGCAGCUGUGCCGGCGGACGUUCCUCUCCUGCACUGCUCGGGCUCAUGCCUGGAGCCAGGAGAUCUGCCGAGACCGGGGGCGGCUACUGCAGCUCUUUGGCAGACUGAACCGGGCGCUGCAGCACGAGCAGGGCUUUGCCAACCGCUUCCUUCCCGACGACGAGGCAGCCCAGGCACUGGGCAGGACGUUCUGGGAGGCCCUGGUGAACCCCUUGGUGCAGAGCAUCACCAGCCCAGACGCUGACGGUGUCAGUCCCCUGGCUUGGCUGCUGAGUGAGUACCUGGAGAGCGUGGAGCUGCCCCGCCGUGCCACAGGACGCAGGGCUGCCUUUGCUUCCUGCGUGCGGCGCCUGACCCAGCUCCUGGUGCACGUGGACCCCGGUGGCCCGGAGCCAGAGGAGACCAGAGCAGCUGGUGGGAAGGAAGGGAAGAACAAGGAGGUGCCGGCCAAGACUGCAAAGGCGGUGGUGGAGAAGUCGAGAGGCCUGUGGGGAAUCUCGCAGUGCUGGCGUGGUGUGGUGCAGCAGCAGGUGCAGCGGUUCCUGGAGGCGGCGGGGCAGGCGCCGGACCUUGCGGAGCGCUACUGCCGGCUGUACCAGCGCCUGCGCGGGGCCACGGAGGAGCUCUUUGGGCAGCAGGCCGCCUUUGUGCUGGCCCUGGGCCAGGGCUUUGCGGGGGCUUUGCUGCAGCUCUCCUUCCUGACUGCUCUGCACGUGAGUGAGCAGUUUGCCCGCUACCUUGACGUGCAGAUCCAGGAGCUCCGCAGUGCUGUGGGCAGCACGGGGCCUCUGGAGCGGCUGCAGCAGUUCUUGGAGCCUUUUGUUGUCUUCAGUGGCCUGGAGUUUGCCCACACCUUUGAACACUUCUACAGGCACUACCUGGGGGACCGGCUCCUGACACAAGGGCCAUCUUGGCUGGAAGGAGGCAUCGUGGAGCAGAUCGGGCUGUGCUUCCCCAGCCGCUUUCCCCAAGAUAUGCUGAGCAACUUGGCCGAGUCGGAGGAGCUCCAGCGGCAGUUCUGCCUCUUCCAGCUGCAGGAGCAGGAUAAGCGGCUGCUGGAGCUGGACGCGGGUCUGGAGGAGGUGCUGGGAACAGCCGCAGUGGCAGACGUGCCAGAGGUGAAGGUGCUGGCCCUGUCCCCGCACUGCUGGCCUGUUUCCCCGCUGUGUUACAUGGAUAACCCUGGGAGGUUUUUCCCGGCGGUGCUGAGCUCCCCACUGGAUGAGUUUGCUGACUUCUGCCGGCAGAGCCAGAGCCAGCUGGGCUGGGAGUGCACGAAGCCCCGUCAGCUGCAGUGGACGUGGCUGGGCCACGCCGAGCUGCAGUUUGGAGACUGCGUUCUGCACGUGUCCACGCUGCAGAUGUACAUCCUGCUGUGCUUCAACAGCGCCCAGGAGGUGGCUGUGGAGGCCCUGCUGCAGGCUACAGGGCUCCCUGCUGACCUGAUGCACCAAGCACUGAUACCGCUGACCCACGGCCAGGGUGUCCUGGUGGGGAGCUGCACACCAGGGGGUGCACUGCGGCUGAACCAGGCAGCCCUGGCCCAGAGCUCCGGCCGCCAGCUGAGGCUGCUGCCCCAGCAGAGGUACCUGCGGACAGAGGGGGCCGAGGUGAGCGCCCUGGAAAGGAAGAGGAACGUCCUGUGCUGCCUCAUCACCCGCAUCCUCAAGGUGGAGAAGCAGCUGCACAUCGACAACCUGGUGUUCAGGGUGAUCGAUGCCUGUCAGAAGGGCGAGUUGGGGCCAGGGGUGCAGUUCCUGAGCUUCUGCUGCCACAGCGUGGACGUGCUGUCCUGCAUCCUGCACCUGCUGAACCAGGGCUAUCUCCGGCGCCAGGAGGGGAGGCCUCAUGUCUUGGAAUACAUCUCUGCUGAAUCCACAAUGCUCCCUACUUCUCAGGUCCAGCCACAGGUUGCCUUCCAGACUGUAGAGAUCAAGACAGCAGCAAGCCUGGCCUCUGCUGAAAGGAGACAGACUUUUUCCACAUUCAGGUAGAUGAGGACCUGGCUGGGAGAACUCAGGUUGAAUCCAGUCUAUCUCUUCCUAAACAAGUGUGAGUUUUAUUUAAAUAAAUGAGCCAAGCUCCACCCA